GCGCAUUUGCCUUUUGGACUCCUCAGUUCUCUUGUCACUCUCAGUCUCUCCCCUCUCUCCACUCCCCACCCCCCCCAUCACCGUCGCUGUCAUCUCACUCUUCCCCAUCACCACAUUUUCAAACUUUGGUCAAUUUUUUACCCUAAAAUACAGGGAAUAAGAAAAUCUAAUCAAUCUUCUACGAGAAAGAGAGACCAGACUCUGACUUUCAGAAUUAAUCUUCUCUUCCCACGAGGAAAAUCGAAGCAAGUAUCAGAGUUAGCUAUUGAGUGCGCAGACUCAACACGGUUAAUUUCUAUUGGAAAUGUUUCAUCUGUAUCAAUGGACAAUUGUGUGAGGCUAGUGAUAACUUUUAAGUAUAUGCAGAUGAUUCGAAGAACCACCCUAAUUUGCUGAGUUAAGCAUAAACCCCAUUGGUUCUGAGAAGCUGACGGAAGUUUUGGUACUUAUUGCAGUUGUGAUUUAUUAGUGUGUAAAUAAAUAUUGAAGCACAUCUUUUCAUCUGUUGGUCAUGCGUCCACCAAAAAUUCACUAUCAUAUCUGCUGGUGUAUUUUAUCUGGAUAUCUCUUGGUAUAUGUGUACUCUCUUUCACUGUUAAGUGAAGCAGCUGAAGCCCAUCCAAGUAUCAGAUCUCACAUUUCAAGCCAGCCAGAUUAUUUUGUUACUUGUGAAGACUUGAAGGGUGUCGGAUCAUUUGAUACUACCUGUUUACUCAAUUCAAACUUGUAUAGAAGUACUGAUAUUUAUGUACUUGGCGCUGGAAACCUGGAGAUACUUCCUCAUGUGCAAAUUGUUUGUCCAAUAGAAGGCUGUACAAUAAGUUUCAAUUUAUCUGGCAAUAUUAAAGUUGGUCAAAAUGCAGCUGUAGUGGCUGGCACUGUUGUUUUUUCUGCUGUCAGUCUGACUAUGGGGCCUAAUUCUUCUCUGAAUACAUCAUCAUUAGGUGGAUCUCCACCUCCUCAGACUAGUGGAACACCUGUUGGCUAUGAUGGGGCCGGUGGAGGGCAUGGUGGACGUGGCGCAUCCUGUUUGAAAACUAAUCAAUCUAACUUCUGGGGUGGUGAUGUUUAUGCAUGGUCUACUUUGUCUUACCCCUGGGCUUAUGGUAGCAAGGGUGGUGGAACAUCUGAUAACCACAUAUACGGGGGCAAUGGUGGUGGACGUGUUUUGCUUGAUGUAAAUGAUGUUCUGUAUAUAAAUGGAUCUGUCACUGCAGAAGGUGGGGAUGGAGGAUCACUUGGGGGUGGGGGAUCUGGUGGAAGCAUUAUUGUACGAGCUCAGAAGUUGAAGGGCUUUGGUGUCAUAAGUGCAGCUGGUGGGAGGGGAUGGGGUGGAGGUGGAGGUGGAAGGAUAUCACUAAACUGUUACAGCAAGCAAGAAGAUGUAAAAGUCACAGUUCACGGUGGAUUGAGUAUUGGCUGUUCCUGGAAUGCUGGAGCGGCAGGUACUUACUUCGAUGCAUCUGUACUGAGUUUAAGAGUUGGCAAUGACAAUGUGACAACAGAAACAGAAACUCCAUUACUGGAUUUUUCUACUAGCCCACUAUGGACAAAUGUUUAUGUGGAGAACAAUGCAAAAGUUUUGGUGCCUCUCCUUUGGACAAGAGUUCAGGUGCGAGGUCAGAUAAGUUUGUAUUAUAGGAGCAGCAUUAUUUUUGGAUUGUCUGACUUUCCAGUCUCAGAAUUUGAACUCGUCGCAGAGGAACUUCUGAUGAGUGAUUCUGUUAUAAAGGUUUAUGGUGCCCUUAGAGUAUCUGUCAAAAUGUUACUCAUGUUGAACUCCCAAAUCCAAGUUGAUGGUGGAGGAAAUACUGAUGUGGCUACGUCCGUCCUUGAAGUCAGAAAUCUUGUUGUUCUUAAGGACAAUUCUGUUAUAAGUUCAAAUGCAAAUUUGGCUCUAUAUGGGCAAGGACUUUUAAAGCUAACUGGUCGGGGUGAUGCAAUCAAAGGACAGAGACUCUCACUGUCACUAUUUUAUAAUAUUACUGUUGGCCCAGGCUCUUUACUUCAAGCUCCGUUGGAUGACGAUGAAAGCAGAAGCUUGGUGACUAGAUCUCUUUGCGGGAGUCCAACAUGCCCAAUGGAUCUGAUAACUCCCCCUGAUGAUUGUCAUGUGAAUUACACACUGUCUUUCUCUAUGCAAGUCUGUCGUGUUGAGGAUAUUCUGGUGAAUGGAGUUAUUAAGGGAAGUAUUGUUCACAUCCACAGGGCAAGGACUGUCAUUGUAGACACUGAUGGCAUGAUAACUGCAUCAGAAUUAGGUUGCAGGACUGGUGUUGGCAGGGGAAAUUACUCAAAUGGAGCUGGUGCUGGUGCUGGGCAUGGAGGUAGAGGGGGAUCUGGGUUUUUCAAUGGGAUUCUGAGUGAAGGUGGUCUUGAAUAUGGCAGUGCUGAUCUUCCUUGUGAGUUGGGUAGCGGAACUCAAGGUCCUAAUGAGUCUGCUGGCUAUGUCGCUGGUGGUGGAAUGAUAGUGAUGGGAUCCAGACAAUGGCCGCUUCUAAGGCUGGAUAAUUAUGGGUUUAUCAGCGCUGAUGGCCAAAGUUGUCAUAGGUCAAUCCGUAAUAGCAAUGGUACUCUCAUAGGUGGACUUGGUGGAGGUUCUGGAGGGACUAUCCUUCUUUUUCUUCAAGCACUUGCACUUGCAGAGACCUCCACUUUAUCUGUUGUAGGAGGCUGUGGCGGUUCAAUGGGUGGUGGUGGUGGGGGCGGUGGAAGAAUUCAUUUUCAUUGGUCUAAGCUAGCUACUGGAGAUGAAUAUGUUCCACUUGCUUUUGUUGAUGGUGCCAUCAACUUCAGUGGAGGUGCUGGGAGUGGAAAUGGUCUUCGUGGGGAAAAGGGCACAAUAACUGGAAGGAAGUGCCCGAAAGGCCUGUAUGGUACAUUCUGUACAGAGUGUCCUGUUGGAACGUAUAAAGAUGCUGAAGGAUCUGAUCCAAAUCUUUGCAAGCCUUGUUCCCUUGAGCACCUUCCUGCUCGUGCUAAUUUUGUUUAUGUAAGAGGUGGAGUAACCCAGUCAAAUUGUCCAUAUAAAUGUAUAUCUGACAAAUACAGGACGCCAAAGUGCUAUACACCUUUUGAGGAGCUGAUAUAUACAUUCGGAGGCCCCUGGCCAUUUGCUUUUCUAUUAUUGUGUGUUGUCAUGCUCCUAGCUCUGAUUCUAACUACUGUUAGAAUCAAAUUGAUUGGAUCGGGAUGCUCGUACAAUGGGAAUGAUUCAAUCGAGCAUCAUGACGAUCAACGCUUUCCCUAUCUUCUUUCCUUAUCUGAGUCUGUAUUGCUUCUUUUUUAUUUCCAGGUUCGUGGUGCCAAAUCCGAAGAAUCUCAAAGUCAUGUACAUAGAAUGUAUUUUAUGGGUCCCAAUACAUUCAGGGAACCCUGGCAUCUUCCCUACUCACCUCCUGCUGCAAUAUUUGAGAUUGUGUAUGAAGAUGCUUUUAACAGAUUCAUUGACGAGAUCAACUCUGUUGCUGCAUACGAAUGGUGGGAAGGGUCAGUACAUAGCAUACUUUCUGUCCUUGCAUAUCCUUGUGCCUGGUCCUGGAAACAAUGGCGUAGGAGAAAAAAGAUUCACCGGCUUCAGGAGUUUGUGAAAUCCGAAUAUGAUCAUUCUUGCCUACGCUCUUGCAGAUCACGGGCUCUUUACAAAGGAAUGAAGGUUGGGGCAACACCUGACUUGCUGGUUUCUUAUAUUGACUUUUUCCUUGGCGGUGAUGAGAAACGGUUAGACAUGGUAACCAGUAUACAGAAGAGAUUUCCCAUGCGAAUCAUUUUUGGUGGGGAUGGAAGUUAUAUGUCUCCGUAUAAUCUUUAUAGUGACACAUUAUUGACAAAUCUCAUUGCGCAGCAUGUACCUGCAACUGUCUGGAACCGCUUGGUGGCUGGUUUGAAUGCCCAGUUGAGGACUGUAAGGCAUGGAUGUAUCCGGACAGCUCUACUUCCUGUUAUCAAUUGGCUGACAACUCAUGGAAACCCCCAACUUGAGUUUCAUGGGGUUAAAAUUGAGCUGGGAUGGUUCCAAGCCACAUCUAGUGGGUAUUAUCAGUUGGGAAUUUUAGUGGUAGCUGGUGACUAUACUCUUUAUGAUCUUCAUCAUUCUGAGUAUUUGGACAUCACCGAUGCAACAUCCAGGAACUUUGCUCCAGCUGCACAAAAUAGUAGUUUAAAGAACGCAGAAGAAAGUCAGGCUUACACAAGUCAUGUAUUAUCCCGUAAAAAGGUUACUGGGGGAUUCAAUGGUGGUGUUAUAAAUGAAGCUACCUUAAAAUCCCUUGGCUAUAAAAGGGACUUUCUCUUUCCAUUUUCUCUGUUGCUGCGCAAUACCCGCCCUGUUGGCCGACAGGACACCGUACAGCUUUUGAUUACUGUCAUGCUGUUGGCUGACCUUUUUGUCACUCUCCUUAUGCUGUUAAUGUUCUACUGGAUAUCUCUUGGGGCUUUCCUUGCUGUACUUCUUAUCCUUCCUCUGUCAUUGCUCUCUCCCUUUCCAGCAGGCUUGAAUGCCUUAUUCACUAAUGGGCCUAGGAGAGCUUCACUUGCUCGUGUUUAUGCCUUGUGGAAUGCUAGCUCGAUCUCGAACAUUGUUGUGGCAUUUAUAUGUGGCAUGAUUCAUUAUGUGAUUACCUCAGUGAAUUACCCAGAAGCAAAUGUUUGGCAUUCAAGGGAAGAUGACAAAUGGUGGCUUUUGCCAACGAUUCUGCUGUUGUUCAAGAUAGUUCAAGCUCGGUUUGUCAAUUGGAACAUAGCAAAUAUAGAAGUCAAAGAUUUCUCUCUCUUCAGUCCUGAUCCGGAUACCUUUUGGGCCUAUGAAUCUGUUUCUUGAUAAGCGGAUUCUAGCAGUAAACAGAAUGUCUCAGUGUACAUAUGUUUCUGCAGAAGGACUACGUCUUUUGUGCAUACUAUUCGUGUACAGGUUCACUUUUGUAGUUGAUUUAGUCAUAAUAGAAUGUGAUUACAGGUGUUGGUGAGAGAUAAUUGGAGAGGGGAGGCGGAUAACUGUAACUUAUUCACAUCACAAACUCAUCUUAAUAACGACAACUAUGUGACCCUUUUUCCUUGUAUCAGUGUGGGUUGUACAUAAAAUCUUCAAUCUAACUACCAAACUGCUUCAUUACUUGGUCACAUUCUGAAAUUUUAUUUCAUGUUGUGUAGUGGCACUUAUAUCAUACAA